AUGGACACCCACAUCGGAUCCGUGGACGGGCCGGCGGCGGCGGCGGCGGCGGCGUCGAACAACACGGUGAGCUGCCCGGCGUCGGCGCCGGGGUGCCCGAUGGCGUCCACGCCGGCGCAGCCCGCGGAGACCCUGUCGGCGGGGGAGGCGUCGCUGGGGCGACACCUCGCGCGCCGCCUCGUGCAGGUCGGCGUCAACGACGUCUUCGCGGUCCCCGGGGACUUCAACCUCACGCUGCUCGACCACCUGAUCGCCGAGCCCGGGCUGCGCCUCGUCGGCUGCUGCAACGAGCUCAACGCCGGGUACGCGGCCGACGGGUACGCGCGCGCGCGCGGCGUCGGGGCCUGCGCCGUCACCUUCACCGUCGGGGGCCUCAGCGUGCUCAACGCCAUCGCGGGCGCCUACAGCGAGAACCUGCCCGUCAUCUGCAUCGCCGGCGGGCCCAACUCCAACGACUACGGGACCAACCGCAUCCUCCACCACACCAUCGGCCUCCCCGACUUCUCGCAGGAGCUGCGCUGCUUCCAGACCGUCACCUGCCACCAGGCGGUGGUGACCAAUCUGGACGAUGCGCACGAGCAGAUCGACACGGCCAUUGCCACGGCACUGAAAGAGAGCAAACCGGUGUACCUCAGCAUCAGCUGCAACCUCCCCGGGUUGCCUCACCAUACCUUUAGCCGUGACCCCGUGCCCUUCUUCCUUACCCCCAGGAUGAGCAACAAGAUGGGGCUAGAGGCUGCAGUGGAGGCAACUGUUGAAUUCCUGAACAAGGCGGUGAAGCCAGUGCUUGUCGGUGGCCCCAAACUGCGUGUGGCAAAGGCAGGAAAGGCAUUUGUCGAUCUGGUAGAUGCCAGUGGCUAUGCCUAUGCAGUGAUGCCAUCGGCCAAGGGCCUUGUGCCAGAGACGCACCCUCACUUCAUCGGCACCUACUGGGGCGCCGUCAGCACUGCCUUCUGUGCUGAGAUUGUUGAGUCCGCAGAUGCCUACCUCUUUGCUGGCCCCAUUUUCAAUGACUACAGCUCUGUUGGCUACUCAUUCCUCCUCAAGAAGGACAAGGCCAUCAUCGUCCAGCCUGAGCGUGUGAUAGUUGGGAAUGGGCCUGCAUUCGGAUGUGUGAUGAUGAAGGAGUACUUGUCUGAAUUGGCUAAGAGGGUUAAGAAGAACACCACUGCCUAUGAGAACUACAAGAGAAUCUUUGUACCUGAGGGCCAGCCGCUGGAAAGCGAGCCGAAUGAGCCACUGCGAGUCAAUGUGCUCUUCAAGCACAUCCAGAAGAUGUUGACCGGUGAUAGUGCCAUGAUCGCUGAGACCGGUGACUCCUGGUUCAACUGCCAGAAGCUUAAGCUGCCAGAAGGCUGUGGAUAUGAAUUCCAAAUGCAGUAUGGUUCAAUUGGAUGGUCAGUGGGUGCAUUGCUUGGCUAUGCUCAGGGUGCGAACCAGAAGCGUGUGAUUGCCUGCAUUGGUGAUGGGAGCUUCCAGGUUACAGCACAGGAUGUGUCAACUAUGUUGCGAUGUGAGCAGAACAGCAUAAUCUUCCUGAUCAACAAUGGUGGGUACACUAUUGAGGUGGAAAUCCAUGACGGACCAUACAACGUCAUCAAGAACUGGAACUACACUGGCUUUGUGGAUGCCAUCCACAAUGGAGAGGGCAAGUGCUGGACCUCCAAGGUGAAGUGCGAGGAGGAGCUGACGGCAGCUAUUGAGACGGCGCUAGGGGAGAAGAAGGACUGCCUGUGCUUCAUCGAGGUGAUCGCGCACAAGGACGACACCAGCAAAGAGCUGCUGGAAUGGGGUUCCAGGGUUUCUGCUGCCAACUCCCGGCCACCGAAUCCUCAGUAG